UUUUAAGUCAAUGAGUUGGGCCAUCUGUGUGGCUAGAGAAAUUCUACGGUUGUUUGGCCGGAGAUACAUACGACAUAUGCGCAACAUCGUAUCUGUCGAGAUAUUCUGCUGUACAAAUUUCAUCUGUUAACCCUCUAAUUUCACCAUAUUCAUCACUUCUAAUCAGAGAUUCGAGUUGUUUCUGAGAACCCGUUGUAGUGGAAUGUAUGAUCACUACAUAUACACCCCUAAAUCACCGAAGUAAUAUCAGCUUACGCACUCUUCUUCUUGUUUUUUAGAAGAAAAAAUGGCGGACAAAUCAAGUAGAAGUCUGAUAAUAUAUGGUGAUGGAUGUGUUAAGCAUAUCUCAUCAUCACACGUUCAUCUUCAUCAUCUCGUUUCUCGAGGUUGCUCUGGAUUCUUAUCUCUCGCUCAAUCCCCUAAUGCAGUUUUCGUGAUGGAUUUCAAAUUCAAACACCUGUGGUCCUGUACCAUGUCGUUUGCAGGAAGAUUGUGGAAAGAAGAUUGCUUAUGUUUCCGUACCAUGAAAGGAGGAAGUUUUGUUACAUCAGAAUGCUCAAAGGAGUCCUCGGUGUCUACCAUGUCAGACAGGUUUAUGGGGUUGAAAGCUGCUAUUGUAUCCACAAAUUCAAAUGUGAAGUCUUUUGGAAGAUAUCUUGGUUUCACUGUAUUAGAAUUUGACAACUUGACUAAGGACAAACCUUCUUUUGAUGAACCACUAGCCUGUGAGUUGCUAAAAUUGCUAGGCUUUCAUGGAGGUGAGACAUUAGAAACAAGCGAGUUUGAUUUAGUGUUUGUGCAUCUUGGAUGCAGUGAGAAGGUGAAUGUCGUCAAAGAAGAGGGUGUGGGAAAUGAGGUAGAAUAUAUCAAUUCGUUGGUUGGUGGGAUAUUGCAAAUAGCACAACCUGGAUCAGAAAUCGCUUCCCGUUUACACUUAUCUGUAGUCAUGAGCUAUGGAGCUUCAGUAGAUGAUGAAGAUAGCAGUUUAUUACAGUUGAACUCACUAAAAGAAAACUCAAAUCUUUCCUUGCUUUUCCCUCGUCAAAGUUACACCAUGAAGGGAGCUAAUUUAUUGAAUAACAUAAGGCACCAUUCUCCGAUGCUAAUCACCCAAUGGCAGGAAGCUGUCACCCGGAAAGAUAUGGCUGAGAAAUUUUCUUUCCAAGAUAUUAAGGAGAAAGGAGGGAAUCUCGCCAUACCAGCGGAUCGGUUUCUGCAGGAGAUUGCAUUCAAGCUUUGGAAAGCCCCAAAAUAUGGAGCAUGAUUUAGGGCUAAUAUGACAUCAAACUGUUCGAACUGAAACCUGUACUACACCAUGAAUGUUCAGAUAUAAUUUUGUGUCCGACUCCGACUGGAUUUAAAAGUUCUCUAGUACUCCCUCCGUUUCUGAAAAAAAAUUACUAUCACCUUUUCAAGUUGGCCUAUUUUUAGACUAAAAUGAAAAAGUGAUAGUACCUCUUUUCAAGUGGAGGUUGUAUAAUUCUACUACUAGUAAUUUCUUCAUGGAUUUAAAAGUUUUCUAGUAUAAUUAUACUACUAGUAAUUUUUCCAGUUAAAGUGAGAUUAGUCAGAUUUAGACAAGUCACCUUGAGUCAGAAAAAAUAAACAAUUUGUUAGUA